GUGAGCGGUCCCGCCCCGUUCACUGUUUAUCUGCUGGGGUGUAUGUGUGUGUGUGUGUGUGUGUGUGUGAGAAAGUGAAUGAGUGUGGAGGCCAAACCCCCCUCACAACACUACAGAGAGAGGGAGAGUCAGGGGGGAUAAGAACGUAAAGAGAGGGAGGGAGAGAGAGAGAGAGAGAGAGAGAGAGAGAGAGAGAGAGAGACAGUAAGUAAAGGGCCUGAGGGAAGCUAUAAGGCAGCUGUGGAGUCCCUGUUUGAAGUAAAACACCUCUGGAUUUAUCUUGCGCUCGCUUAGACAGACGGACGGACGGGUGGACGGACAGACAGAGAGACGGAUUCUGUGCUGUAGGAAGAGGACUCAAAUGUGAAUGAUGGUCAGAUAGAGGAUCAGAGAAGCUGCAGCGAUGUCGUUCUUUGGCCUUGACUGCGUGAAGAAGAAAGAGGAAGAGACGGAGAGGAGGAUCCGAGCGAACGACAGAGAGUACAACCUCUCCUUCAGAUAUGCGACGAACGCCAUCAAAACCUCCAAAUACAACCUGCUGACCUUCCUGCCCCUCAACCUGUUCGAACAGUUCCAGAGGAUCGCCAACGCCUACUUCCUCUGCCUGCUCGUUCUGCAGGUGAUUCCUGUGAUCUCCUCCCUGUCCUGGUUCACUACAGUCGUUCCUCUGGCCCUUGUGCUGACGGUCACCGCGGUCAAAGAUGCUAUUGAUGAUAUACAUCGGCACAAGAGUGACCGGAAAGUCAACAACCGCAAGGCCCAAGUGCUCAUCAAUGGAGAGCUCAGAAGUGAGAAGUGGAUGAAUGUUCAGGUCGGUGACAUCAUCAGACUGGAGAACAACCAGUUUGUCACAGCAGAUUUGUUGCUCUUAUCGAGCAGUGAGCCUCUAAAUCUGGUUUACAUCGAGACGGCUGAGCUGGAUGGGGAGACUAAUCUGAAGGUGAAGCAGGCUCUGACUGUCACAGGAGAGAUGGGGGGAAGCAUCGAGGCCCUGGCUGCUUUCAAAGGCGAGGUCUGCUGUGAAGCUCCUAACAACCGUCUGGACAGGUUUACGGGCACUCUGGUGUGGAAGGAGCAGAAGUAUCCUCUGGAUAAUCAGAGCGUCCUGCUGAGGGGCUGCACCCUCCGAAACACUGAGUGGUGCUUCGGCAUGGUGCUGUUCGCAGGCCCCGACACCAAGCUGAUGCAGAAUUGUGGGAAAACGAGUUUUAAGAGGACCAGCAUCGACCGCCUGAUGAACGUCCUCGUGCUCUUCAUCUUUGGCUUUUUGGUGUUGAUGUGUAUUAUCCUGGCUGUGGGCCAUGGCAUCUGGGAGUACUACGAAGGGUCCAAGGUCACGGGCUUCGUCCCGAGGGAGGAGAGCAGGGGGCCGGCACUUUCAGCCUUCCUCAUGUUCUGGUCCUACAUCAUCAUCCUCAACACUGUGGUGCCCAUAUCGCUCUAUGUCAGUAUGGAGGUGAUCCGGUUAGGAAACAGCUACUACAUUAAUUGGGACAGGCUGAUGUAUUAUAACCGCAGCGACACUCCAGCUGAAGCUCGGACCACCACUCUGAACGAGGAGCUGGGGCAGAUCCGUUACAUCUUCUCUGAUAAAACCGGCACGCUCACACAGAACAUCAUGACCUUCAACAAGUGCUCCAUCAACGGGAAAAGCUACGGAGACGUGAUUGACCACUACUCAGGACAGAGAUUGGAGAUUUCAGAGGACAUGUUUCCGGUGGAUUUCUCCUUCAACCCUCUGGCCGACUCUAAGUUCCAGUUCUACGACAGCAGUCUGCUGGAGGCUGUGAAGCUGGAGACGGAGGAAGUUCACAACUUCUUCAGACUGCUGGCACUCUGCCACACGGUCAUGGCCGAGGAAAAAAACAACGAUCUGGUGUAUCAGGCUCAGUCUCCAGAUGAGGGCGCUCUGGUGACGGCGGCGCGUAACUUUGGUUUUGUUUUCCGCUCCCGGACUCCGGAGAGUCUGACUAUUGUAGAGAUGGGCGUCCAGCGCAGCUACGAGCUGCUGGCCAUCCUCGACUUCAACAACGUACGAAAGAGAAUGUCUGUCAUUGUGCGUUCUCCUGAAGGAACUCUGUCUCUGUACUGUAAAGGAGCAGAUACCAUCAUCUAUCAGAGGCUGCAUGAGUCCUGCAGUAAACUGAUGGAGGUCACCACAGAGCACCUUAACGAGUUUGCUGGUGAAGGAUUGCGGACUCUGGUUCUAGCCUAUAAGGAUCUGGAUGAAGAUUAUUUCUCAGAAUGGCUGCAGCGCCACCAUGAGGCCAGCACUGCACUGGAGGGACGAGAGGACAAACUCAAUGAGCUUUAUGAAGAGAUUGAGAAGGACCUGCUGUUAAUCGGAGCUUCAGCUGUGGAGGAUAAGCUGCAGGACGGCGUGUCCCAGACCAUCGAGCAGCUGGCAAAAGCGGAUAUCAAGAUCUGGGUGCUGACAGGAGAUAAGCAAGAGACGGCCGAGAACAUCGGCUACUCCUGUAAUCUGCUGAGGGAGGAGAUGACAGACGUUUUUAUUGUUGCUGCUCACUCGACUGAGGAUGUCCGUCGGGAGCUGAGAAACGCUCGAGCCAAGAUGCGUCCGAAUGCAGGAGAGGACGCCUUCUUCAUCCCAGAGAGCAUUCUGGGUAAUGACCCCAAGGUGGUGCAGGAUGAGACCGUGAACGGAGAGUUCGGACUGGUCAUCAACGGACACAGCCUGGCGUACGCUCUGGAGAGCAGCAUGGAGCUGGAGUUCCUGCGGACGGCGUGCAUGUGUAAGACGGUGAUGUGCUGCAGGGUCACUCCGCUGCAGAAGGCUCAGGUGGUGGAACUGGUGAAGAAGUACAAACAAGCGGUCACUCUGGCUAUUGGAGACGGAGCCAACGACGUCAGCAUGAUUAAAGCGGCUCAUAUCGGCGUGGGUAUCAGUGGUCAGGAGGGCAUGCAGGCCGUGCUGUCCAGCGAUUUCUCCUUCGCUCAGUUCCGCUUCCUGCAGCGCCUCCUGCUGGUGCACGGCCGCUGGUCCUACCUGCGCAUGUGCAAGUUCCUGCGUUACUUCUUCUACAAAAACUUCACCUUCACCUUCGUCCACUUCUGGUACGCCUUCUUUUGCGGUUUCUCCGCCCAGACGGUUUAUGAUCAAAGCUUCAUUGCUCUCUAUAAUUUGGUGUACACGUCCCUCCCAGUCUUGGGCAUGGCCCUGUUUGACCAGGAUGUUAAUGACGGCUGGAGUCUGGAGUUUCCUCAGCUGUACGUUCCGGGUCAGCUGAGUCUGUACUUCAGUAAGACGGCGUUUAUGAAGUGCGCUCUGCACAGCUGCUACAGCUCACUGGUGCUGUUCUUCAUUCCCUACGCCACUGUGUACGACUCCAUGCGCAGCGACGGAAAGGAAGGAGCCGACUACCAAUCAUUCGCCCUGCUCACUCAGACCUGCCUCACCUUCACUGUGUGCCUCCAGCUGAGCUUGGACCUGUCCUACUGGACAGCAGUCAAUCAUCUGUUUGUUUGGGGCAGUUUGGGGAUGUAUUUUAUUGUGACGUUCACCAUGCAGAGUGACGGACUGUACCAGCUUCAUCCACCAUCCUUCUUUUUUGUGGGUACAUCUCGUAACACUCUGGAUCAGUUCAGCGUUUGGCUGACGGUUUUCCUGACGGCUGUCCUGUGUGUGCUACCAGUGCUGGUUCAUCGACUCAUCUUCAUCCAGUUUAAACCCACCAUCAACGACAAGGUGAGAUUUAAGGUCCAUCAGAAGAAAGACCAGCGUCCUUCUCCUCAGCGCCGAACCAAAAUCCGUCGCUCCAGCACCCGUCGCUCCGGCUACGCCUUCUCUCACACACAGGGCUACGGCGACCUCGUGACCUCCAAACGGUUUCUACGGCGAUCUGCAGCCCCCCGUUCCACAGGCUUCACCCCAAAGGGCCGCUCACCUGGAUUCAAACCCACAGGACGAUCGGCCGGUUACAGUCCAUCCAGCAAAGCGCAGAACAACAAACAGGAGGUGGAACCCACAGAACUGCAGCAAUACCGCACUGUCCAAGACUCCACCUUCUGAGGGGUGGGGCCAGCGCUGGGUGCCGAGGGGACAGAGACAUAAGGAGGAGGGGCAAGUUUCAGUAGCGGUGCUGUUCUGACAGUUGGUGCUUGGACCCCUAUAAAUUCUAACCAUAAAAACCUUCACUAGCACGUAACCCUGACCUCUGUGGGACUGACCAUUUCUGACCUUUCAGUUCUUUAGGAAAUGAUAACUACUCGCACAACACACCAAGAUUUGGAAAUACCUCAAAAAGUAUCCACAUGCAUGGCUGGAUAUUACUAUUAUUAGAACCUUUUUAGGAGUGGAUGAAUUUUUACAUCACUUUUUGUGAGUGAUGAAAGUGUUAAACGUAUGAUUAGCUCCCUCACACUUGUCGUCAUUUUAGAGUCGACAAAAAUCGAUAUAAAUCUUAAAUUGAAUUAUUUAUGUCAGAAUAAUUAAUUGACCAACUUACCGAAAGGCUAUAAUUUCCUGUGUUUGACUCUUCAUCACUAGGGGUCUCAGUAGCACCCUCAGCACCCCUCUUCCAGCACCACUGUUCAAGAACCAACGUUACUGAUUGUUUACAUGGUUCUGCGCUGGACUGCUGUUGAUAAUGAACGUUACGCUAAUGGGCUUUUACACACACUAAGGAGAAACCAACACGUUUCCUAGCAAUAUGAAAAAGAUGGAGAGACUGUUUACCUCUACACACCAAGACACACAGAACUAUGCAAACUAGAAAACUCUUUACUAUUUUUACUCAAAUGCCCACUGAAUGUACCCACUUUAUGGGAAAGACAACCUUCCAAAAAUUGGGUUAUUCAGGAAUUGGGAUUAGCAUCUUUUCAUUCAUCAUCAGGGCCGGCUCCAUCCUUUUAGGGGCCAUGAGCAGGGUGUUUUGAGGGGGUCUAGCUGAUGUCCUGCAAGACUAGAGGCUAUUUUCUAACACAAGCUGUCUAAGUCCUAUAAAUUUACAACUGGCUCAUUUGUUUAUUGCUGAUGAUUAGAUACUCGCAUUGGGUGUUAUCAGGUACAGGUUAAAUCACUGAUAACCUUCUCGGCAUUCUUGAACCAGCGUUCUCUUUCUUUCACCUUUUCGACUCCAUAUGCUUACAGUCUUUCUGAGACACGAUUAAUUAGUCGCCCCCCCCCCCCCCCCCCCCCCCCUCACUCAAGCAUCUUAGACAACAUUGUGGAAGAGUAGUAACCCAGAUAUUGUAAGGGGACCCCCCCUAGUGGCCAUGGGGCUGCUUAUGUUGCUUAUUAGGUAGAGCCGGCACUGAUUAUCAUCCUUUUUAUACUAAAAGGAAAAGUGCUGAAACUAUGUGACACCAAAGCCUGGAGAAAGCAUUUGAGUUUGUUUCUAGCAAAACAAGAACAUAUUCUUUGAAACGACUUUACAUUCUACACACUGUCCAGCCAGUGCAUUGUUAUAUGACCAGAAAGUGCCUUAAAGUUCAGGUUUGAUAUGACUUCAAACAAUGAGCCAAAUCUUGAGUCCAGUGAAAUUAAAGGAAACUAAAUUAGACCGUCUAGAACAUCGUUUGGUUACCAAAACUUUUACAGUAGCCAACGUUUUCAGCGAAACUAGCUGAGUUUUAGUUACAGUCACAUUCCUUCGAAAUUCCUUACUAAUGCUUCAGCUGGAAGUUCUAGACGAGCUACAGAUUAGCCAACAAUUUCAAGUUGUUUUGCUACUUUAUUUUAAAGGCUGCAUUUUCGGUGUGUAGCACUUCAGUUCUGUCCUUCAGGCUGAAUGUUUUUCUAUAAAGAAAAGCUCAAUAUUUGAAGGCAUGUUGAACCUGACAGGAUUUUAAUGGUUUACUUUUGGGUCUGCAGCUAAUAACAAAGCUAAAAUCCUCUGUAUACUGUAUACUGUAGACUUGAGACUUGACUCGGACUCAGACUCAGUCGGGACCGGACGUCUGAAUUCGGUUUUAUAGGAUUAUUUUUACACAGUGGCCUGUAACGCUUACAAAUGUAUAAUUUUGUCUAAAAAUUCUUUGUAUUUUUAUUCAAACUGCCACUCUGAGAUCAUUUGCUGUAAAGCACCUGAUGGUGGAUUAAAGAGGAUUUUCAUGUGUGUGCAUGUGGAUGUAUGUGUGAGUGUGUGAGUGUGUGAGUGUGUGAGUGUGGAUGUAUGUGUGAGUGUGUGUGUGUGAGUGUGUGUGUGUGAGUGUGUGAGUGUGUGAGUGUGUG